GUGCAUGCGUCAUGCGUCGUGUGUGCGUAACUGAGGUAAUGGAGAUUUGUGGUCUUCUCGCAGUCUUCUCAGUUGCCAAAGUGGCCACUCUCCUCUAUGUCUAUCACCGCGUGUAUUGUUGAUUACCGGAGAGUAAGCAUCACAGGUGACGACCAUUUUGUCCGCGGGGGAGUAAGGAAUCGCCAUCAAUUUUGGGAUGGCGUCAGACACAGCACCCCAAAGCCAUGCCUCCAAAGGGAUUAUGACCUUUUACCCCACUGUUGAGGAGUUCAAAAACUUCAGCCGCUAUGUCGCAUACAUGGAGUCACAGGGAGCACACAAAGCAGGCCUGGCCAAAGUGAUCCCACCAAAAGAAUGGAAGCCAAGACAUUCAUAUGACGAUAUAGACGAUUUGGUGAUUCCUGCACCCAUUCAGCAGGUGGUGACAGGCCAGUCGGGCCUUUUCACUCAGUACAACAUUCAGAAGAAGUCGAUGUCUGUGAAAGAGUUCCGUAAAAUUGCAAACAGUGACAAGUUCUGUAGCCCUCACUAUGAUGAUUUUGAUGAACUGGAAAGGAAGUACUGGAAGAAUGUGACCUUUAAUCCUCCUAUAUAUGGAGCCGACGUCGGUGGUAGUCUAUACAAUCCGGAAGUCAAAGAGUGGAACAUUUGUCAUCUUAACACCAUUUUGGACACGGUGGAAUCUGAAAGCGGCAUCACCAUUGAGGGUGUUAAUACACCCUACUUGUAUUUUGGCAUGUGGAAGACCACCUUUGCAUGGCACACUGAGGACAUGGACCUCUACAGCAUCAACUACUUGCACUUUGGAGAGCCCAAAUCCUGGUACUGCGUUCCUCCAGAGCAUGGGAGAAGAUUUGAGCGUCUGGCUCAAGGUUUCUUUUCUGGUAGUGCUCAAACUUGUGAGGCCUUUUUGCGGCACAAGAUGACCCUGAUAUCGCCUUCUAUACUGAAGAAAUAUGGCAUUCCGUUUGAAAAGAUUACCCAAUAUGCUGGCGAGUUCAUGGUCACGUUCCCCUAUGCUUAUCACGCUGGCUUCAACCAUGGUUUCAACUGUGCCGAAUCCACCAACUUUGCCACACAGCGCUGGAUUGAGUAUGGCAAGCAAGCAGUUUUGUGCUCAUGCCGCAAGGACAUGGUAAAGAUCUCCAUGGAUGUGUUUGUCAAGAAAUUCCAGCCAGAUCGCUACGAACAGUGGCUGGCAGGGCGAGAUACAGCCCCCAUCGACCACUCCCGGCCCACUCCAGAGGCUAAGGAGUUCCUGGGCGAUUCUUUUAAUAUCUUCUACAAUAGUAGCAGUUGCUCCGUGGAUAGCGAUCGGGAUGAUUUAGGGCGGAAGAGUCCACUUCAAAGAAUUGAGACCAAGAGACACCGGGUGUGUCUGGAGCUGCCGGAAGAGGUUGUUUCCAAAGAUACAGAUGAGGAAAUGAUGCUGUAUGCGAAGCGGCCAAGACUAAAUCUUUUACCACCACGUAUGACACCACAGGAUGGCAAGAGAAAUAAAGUGAUUUUAUUGACAGGUCCACCAAAGUUGAUUGUCACACCGACAAAGCUCACGUUGCUGGAUCCAUUUCACAGGGGUUUAAACACGAGUGAUUCAGGACACACGCCUCACUACACAAAGACUCGUCCACCUGCGUUUUUGUCCCAAAACGGUCAUCUGUCAGCCACAGUGACGCCAACAUGGACGCCUUCCCGCAAAAUGGGGGUGGCCAGCUUGCUCUUCCAUCGGACUCUCACUCAAAAAGACAUCUUACAAGUUCACAGUUACCCUCGAGAAAAAAUGCAGACUCACACGAUGCUGCAGGUGCACAGCUAUGCCCGAGAGCAGCAGCCCUGUCAUCUCCCGCUCGGAGGCGCCACGGUGUCACCAUCUCAGUCACCGGCCAGUGGAAACACGGAAUCGAGGCUAGAAUCUAGAAUAUCUCUCACCAAAGUGGUACUCAGUCAAACGGAACAUUCUGUGGAGAAGGACCACACACCCAGUGUUUCGAUGCCCAAUGAUUUUCAGAAUGCGGCCAUCGCUGAGCCCACCUGCCUUACACAGUCCACCGAGGUCAACAAAAUGGAGAUCCCCAAGAACCAAAACAAAAGACAGAAUAGCCAAUGCCCUCUAUGGGAUAGUGGCAUUAUCAUCGUGAAAGACACCAUUCCUGUCAAACAGCCAAUUCAAGUGAAGGUGAUUUCUCAGAGUCAUGAUGUGUCAGAAGAGCAGUCCUACUGUAUGUCAGUGGCCACCAAGCAACAGCAGCAAGACCAGCUCAGAAAACUUCCACGCCACCACCCUCUCUUUAGAGAGAUACUCAGCGAAGAUGAAAUUUAUGAAGAUGUGACGGUGGAGCAAGAAGAAAAAGAGGAAUGGGCAAAGCCACUAAGGAACCUGUGGCAGUGUCGGCCUAUAAAGCCCCAGGUAGAGUGGGAGUACAAUAAGAGAAUGGGUGAACAGGCUCCAUACUGCUCCAUCUGCCUGCUUUUCUACACCCACUAUCAGUCUGAGGGCAGCGACGGGAAUUCCAGUGCGACGUUGGUGAACCGCCAAGGUUGCCAGUGGUCCAAACCUCUCAUUCCUGAAAUGUGUUUCAACACGCACACCAACAAGGCCAGCGAUAGCGGGGAAGGCCAGCUGUCCAACCCUCACAUCACAGAAGACGGCACUAGCCGGCUGCUCAGCUGUUCUCAGUGCUGCGUCCGUGUACACACCAGUUGCUAUGGUGUAACCAGAGAGGAAACAGAGCAGGAUGACUGGCUGUGUGCUCGCUGCAAAGCUGAGGCUACCCUUGAGGAUUGCUGUCUGUGUUCUCUCCGAGGUGGAGCUCUGCAGAGAGCCAACAAUGACAAGUGGGUUCAUGUGCUGUGCGCCAUCACUGUGCUCGAAGCUCGCUUUGUAAACAUCACAGAGCGGCGUCCCAUCGAUCUGUCUGCAAUCCCACUGCCUCGCUUCAGACUGAAAUGCGUUUUCUGCAGGAAACGGAUGAAGACAGAGUCAACGGGCUGCUGUGUCCAGUGUUCCCACGGUCGCUGCUCCACGGCGUUCCACCCCAGCUGCGCUCAGGCCGCUGGCAUACUUAUGCACCCGGACGACUGGCCAUUCAUUGUCUUCAUCACCUGUCACAGGCAUAAAGCGGCUGCCGUAGCUGAGCGUAAUAAGGACUCCAUGAGAGAGCUGGCGGUGGGACAGAGAGUGAUUUGUAAAUACAGAAACGGUCGUUACUACCACAGUGAGGUGGUGGGACUGACCACCGCCACCUUCUACGAGGUUGUGUUCGACGACGGCUCGUACAGUGACAACCUCUUCCCAGAAGACAUUGAGAACCGGGAUUGCGUGCGACUCGGGCCGCCCGCGAAGGGCGCUGCCGUGUCAGUGCGAUGGACCGACGGGUUGCUGUACGGGGCCAAGUUUGUGGCGUCCCACUCCAUCCCUAUGUACCUGGUGGAAUUUGAAGAUGAAUCUCAAAUUUCCGUCAAGCGCGAAGACGUGUACACCUUAGAUGAAGCUCUGCCAAAACGGGUCAAGUCACGACUGUCGGUGGCAUCAGACAUGCGCUUUGAGCUCUUUGCGCAGAACGACGUCAAACAGAACUCCAAACGACAACGCGUCAUCAACUCUCGUUACAGAGAGGAUUACAUCGAGCCUGUCAUUUAUCGGGCCAUCAUGGAGUGAUGUUGGUUUGUUCAUCCGCUUCCAAGGCCUGCCAGGCUUCAUAUUUAUAAAGUACGGCUGGGACUUUAAAUGACUUUGAUGUGCUUGGAAUAACACUCUUUCAUAUCAUUCUCUGUAGAUUUCCUUAUCCUUAAUUUAUUUUUUAAAGCGGUAAGAAGCCAUUAGCCAGAAAUCAAGUAGGGAAAAAGUUGACUACAUUUUCAGGCAACAUGGGUUCCACCCCAUGUCAGCUAUAUGCAGCUCAGAAACCAUUUUCUCAUUUUCCAUUCAUUUGUGACUUUAAAGAGAGUGAUAUGAAUUUAACUGUGGAGGUGCUGAGCUUGUUCCGAAUCACUCCAGUACCUGACUUGUCGCAUUUGCCCAAAGAAUUUAAACAAUACAGACAGAGAGUGUCAACAAACCUGAAAUUUUCAUCCCAUCCCACAAUUACAAUUUGUCAGCUGUCUGAUGUGAAAACUGAAGAAAUGUACUCAAGCCUUAUUUCACCAGCCCCCUAAAGAUUACGGAUUAUUUUGACUAUCUUGAGAAAUAAUUUAUGUGGGUGACUUAUGUUGAAGGAAAUAAACUAUUUUUGUCCUUUUUUGAAAUCUGUAGAAAACUUCAGAUGUAUUUAUAUUUAUUAUAAGGGCAGAUUUUCAGGCACACCUUUAAUAGCUUUCCAGUUCUUUUCAUUUGACGUGAACCUAUCUGAUCAAUGUCUCACUGACGACACAUGGCCGCUAAAGACCUGAGCUUCCAUUCUUUUUGUCUGGUGACUUCUAGUACGAUUCAAGUAAGAAAGUAGUAGUUCAAUCCCUAACGAACAACAUGGCAUGGAUGAUCUGCAAUUAUGGUCAACUACUUUAAGUAUACAAAUAUCUUUACCGCUUAGCGAUUGGUCACUGUUUGGUCUUGAGUGAAGGUACCAUCGUGUCUGUCUUUGUAAACCCUCAACUGUUUGAGUAAAGUUUGGGAUAACAAAAACAAA